AUGUCUCACCAGAAAAAGCAACCUACUCCCAUACCCCCAGUGGGCUGCGUGAAGAUCAGUGGCGGCGGCGGUGGCUCCGGAGGCGGCGGCGGCUCCGGCUGCGGCUACUCCGGCGGCGGCGGCUCCGGCUGCGGCUACUCCGGCGGCGGCGGCUCCAGCUGCGGCGGGGGCUCCUCCGGGGGUGGAGGCUCCGGAGGUUGCGGAGGCGGCUCCGGAGGGGGCGUCAAGUAUUCCGGAGGCGGCGGCGGCGGCGGCGGCUCCAGCUGCGGCGGGGGCUCCUCCGGGGGCAGCUCCAGCUGCUUCUCCAGCGGCGGCGGCGGCGGCUCCAUCUGCGGUGGCGGCUCCUCCGGGGGCGACUCCUGCUGCUUCUCCAGCGGCGGCGGCGGCGGCGGUGGCAGCUCGGGCUGCGUCCCGUCCGGGGGCGGCUCCUCCGGCGGCCAGCAGGUCCAGUACAGCUAUGGAGGCGGCUCUAGCGGCGGCGGCUGCGGCGGCUACUCCGGGGGCGGCUCCAGUUGCGGGGGCGGCUCCUCGGGCGGCGGUGGCUCCAGCUGCGGCGGCGGCGGCUCUUCCGGCGGCGGUGGUUCCAGCUGCGGUUACUCUGGCGGCGGCGGCGGCGGCGGAGGCUACUCUCAGCAGACCACCCAGACCUCGUGCGCGCCCCAGCAGAGCUACUCCGGAGGCGGCGGCGGCUCCGGCUGCGGCGGCGGCUCCUCCGGAGGCGGCAGCGGCUGCUUCUCCAGCGGUGGCGGUUCCUCCGGUUGCGGCGGUGGCUCCUCUGGUGGCGGCGGCGGCUCCAGCUGCGGCGGGGGCUCCUCCGGGGGAGGCUCCGGAGGUGGCAAGGGCGUCCCUGUCUGCCACCAGACCCAGCAGAAGCAGGCACCUACUUGGCCCUGCAAAUAA